AUGUUCGCGACUACGAGCGAGGAAUCACAUGAAGACAGAAUCAAGGCGGCUUUCAGGGCGAAGGCCAAGAUGUUUCUAUACACGAUAGCGAUCACCAAGAUCAUCGGCCUGGCGGUGCAAUAUCUCAGCGCCAACGAAGAUAAGGAGCAACACUUCUGUAGCGUGGCCUGCUAUAAGCAGCAUUCCUGCUCUGGUCUGCAAAGUAAUGCGGCUGGUGGUGCUUCACCGACUGCAUCAACUCCCGCAGCGCUCGGCACAGGUGGCAAGGAAGCUGACCUGUCGGAGCCGCAGAUAACCGCCCUGAAGGAGGAUCAGAAACUGCGCUCCAUGCUGUCUAACAACGUUUUGAGGAGGGUGCUAAGACAAAUCGCAGCGUCUUCUGAUCCGGCAUCGGCAAUCGCCCCGUAUAUGCGUGACGAGUUUUUUGCCGGGUUCGUAACGCAGGUCCUCGAGACGUUGGAUGCCGUGCAUGAGCCAGCUGCGGAUGGACCAUCAGCAUUGGACAAGCCUUAA